UGAAACGAUGACUCAACAGCUCUCUCUCUCCCUCGAACUUGGCUGGAGCGGCAAAAAGCUUUGAUCGGACCUUCUCGGCUCACCAAAACUACUAUUACUACUGGUAUGAGGAAAACAAUGGGGAGAAAGAGCAGAACCAAGACGACACUGUUUUUCCUACUCAUCUCUCUUAUUUCUUUUCUCGCUUUCGCUCCCGUCUUCGCUCCUCUCCCUUCUUUCUCCUCCCACUACUCUCUCUCUCCUCGCCACCACCGCCACCACCACCACCGAAAGGUAGUGACCAGCACCAUCGCGGUUAAGCCUCGAUCAUUCGAGAUCGACGACGACAAGUUCUGGAAAGACGGCGAGUUUUUCAGGAUCAUCGGCGGCGACUUGCAUUACUUUCGCGUUAUUCCUCAGUACUGGGAAGAUAGGUUGGUGAGAGCAAAGGCACUGGGAUUGAAUACUAUUCAAACUUAUGUGCCUUGGAAUCUUCAUGAGCCACAGCCUGGUAAACUAGUGUUUGAGGGGAUUGCUGAUCUUGUCUCUUUUCUCAAACUCUGCCACAAGCUUGAUAUACUUGUCAUGCUCCGACCCGGCCCCUAUAUCUGUGGAGAGUGGGAUUUGGGGGGCUUUCCAGCUUGGUUACUAGCCAUCGAACCGCCUCUCAAAUUGAGAUCGUCUGAUCCUGCUUACCUUCGAUUGGUUGAUAACUGGUGGGGAAUCUUACUUCCGAAGGUAGCUCCGUUUCUUUAUAAUAAUGGAGGCCCAAUCAUAAUGGUUCAGAUCGAGAAUGAGUUUGGUUCAUAUGGAGAUGACAAAGCUUAUCUUCAUCACCUGGUCAAAUUGGCCCGAGGACAUCUUGGUGAUGGUAUCAUUUUGUAUACCACGGAUGGAGGUUCUAGAGAAAAUCUUGAGAAAGGAACCAUUCGAGGAGAUGCUGUCUUUUCAACUGUAGACUUCACUACUGGUGAUGAUCCUUGGCCUAUAUUCAAGUUACAAAAGGAGUUCAAUGCCCCUGGAAAAUCACCACCACUUUCUUCGGAGUUUUAUACAGGUUGGCUGACACAUUGGGGUGAGAAGAAUGCAAAGACUGGUGCUGAUUUUACUGCAUCAGCCCUGGAAAAGAUAUUGUCACAGAAUGGCUCUGCUGUGCUUUAUAUGGUGCAUGGUGGAACAAACUUUGGAUUCUACAAUGGAGCAAAUACUGGUGUAGAUGAGUCUGAUUACAAGCCAGACAUCACUUCGUAUGAUUAUGAUGCACCAAUCAGCGAAUCUGGAGAUGUGGAGAACGCAAAAUUCAAUGCACUGCGCAGGGUUAUUGAACUUCAUACCGCAGCAUCUCUUCCGUCUGUUCCUUCUGAUAAUGGAAAGAUGGGAUAUGGACCUAUUCAGUUACAGAAAACAGCAUUCUUGUUUGAUUUACUUGACAAUAUUAAUCCAGCUGAUGUAGUUGAAUCUGAAAAUCCACUCUCAAUGGAGUCUGUGGGACAGAUGUUUGGAUUUCUGUUAUAUGUUUCUGAGUACACUCCAAAGGAUGAUAAAAGCGUUCUUCUCAUACCCGAGGUGCAUGAUAGAGCUCAAGUGUUUACUUUAUGCCAUUCCAAGGACAAUAACAGAAGACCAACACAUGUUGGUUCAAUUGAUAGGUUGUCAAGUAAAAAACUUGGCCUUCAUAAUGCCAAAUGUGCUUCGAACAUCAGCUUAUUUGUUUUGGUUGAAAAUCAGGGUCAUGUGAAUUAUGGACCAUACAUAUUUGACAAGAAGGGAAUUUUGUCUUCUGUUUUUCUGGAUGGGAGUAUUUUGCAUGGAUGGAAAAUGAUUCCCAUCCCUUUCCACAACCUGAACGAAGUUCCAAAAAUCAAUCUCAUCAUUGAAGUUGCACAUUCAAGAUUCAUUACAGUAUCAACUCAGAGAGAGUUAAAAGAUAAACCUGGGAAUGUUUCUGAAGUACCAGCAUUCUUCACUGGCCAUUUCUUUAUCGAGAAUGCGAACCAGAUUCAUGAUACUUUCAUAUCAUUCAGUGGUUGGGGUAAAGGGAUUGCAGUUGUUAAUGAUUUUAACAUAGGAAGAUAUUGGCCGGUUGCAGUCAUUUGGUCCGCAAUGCAAUCUUUACGUCCCUGCACCGAUCCUUCGUCAUGGAGAAAAUGUUCUGGUCAUACUGGAGUUAGAAUCUCCCAACCCUGAGCUUGUCAUACAUUCAGUUGAUCACCCAGACUUCACAUGUGGUUCAAGUAAAUCAAGCGUGCAUCAGCUUUAGUUACACCUUAUACAUUUGCUACAUCAGGGAGAUUAGUUGACUCGCCAAUGCUGAAACUCUGAAGAUCAAGAGCACACAUGAUGCAUUUUGCAUUUGGCACAGGGAUGGCAGACUGAUCAGCAAAAUGUUGCCCCGCUUGAGCAGAAGUGAAUUUUAGAGAAUUGAUGCGCAUAUCAAUGAGAAUCCCAGAGAUGGUUCUGUUUAAACAGCAUCAUUUACACUGGAUUAAGUUGAAAAAACUAAUAUUAUUGCCUUGUCAUUGACACCUGAACAAGGAUUGGGUUUUCUUGAAAACUCUCCCAGCUAUUUAAGAAAUGCUCUUCGUUUUCUGUGACA